AUGAAGGAAAACCACGAUCCGGAGAAGAUUCUUCUUCUCAACCGCGACGAGCAGAAUGAGGAGGAGCCCAAGCGUUCUCGUGUUUGGUGGGGCCCGCGCCAGUGGAGGGGCCUGAGGAACUUGGUUGUUGUGCUUGUCAUUUAUGGUGCAUACACGGUUGCCAUGCAUGUCCUUGCACCGAUGCAGCACGAUGAGCACCACCAUGAGAGUCUUUACUGGGCUAAGAAGGCUGCAUGGAAGCAACGCGGCCCGCUCAGCCCUGAGAAGGUUGAGGAAUUCUAUCUCUCGAUUCCGGACCCUGGUUCUGCGCUCGCUAUCUCGCGCGAGUACGCCACGCACCCGCACGUCGCAGGCUCCGUCGAGGAUCUCAACGAUGCCAAGGUCAUCCUAAAGCUCUUCCAGGACGAGUUUGGUAUCCACGCAUCCGAGGAUAUCCCUCUCUACCAUGCAGGCACUCAUGAGUCGCGUUCGGCGACCCUCGACAUCCCCAAGUACCACCAUCCGAAGGCUUGGAUCGACCAAUACUUUCCAGUCAUGAACACUCCGCUUGACCGGGCACUAUCCAUCCUCGGGGAGGACGGUAAGCCUGAGUGGGAGGCCGACUUGGUGGAGGAUGGAGACCCACACGAUCCAGACGCGGCCAAGUACCGCGACGCUGUACCCACAUUCCACGGUUUGAGUGCGGACGGCGAAGUGGAGGGCCAGCUCGUGUACGUGAACUACGGCAGGAAGGAGGAUUACGAUGAGCUCAUCGCCAAGGGGGUGAACCUUACGGGAAAGCUUGUCCUCGCGCGCUAUGGCGGUGUAUUCCGCGGCCUAAAGAUCAAAGGAGCACAAGAGCUUGGAGCUGUCGGCGUGCUCAUUUACGAUGACCCGCGCGACGAUGGUGUUGUUACUGUCGAGAACGGUUACAAGCCAUACCCCGAAGGCCCAGCGCGGAACCCGACAGCCGUGCAGCGUGGCAGCGUGCAGUUUAUCUCGUUGUACCCUGGAGACCCCACCACUCCUGACGCUCCCGCUUACGAGAACGCGACCCGCACUGAUGGCGAGAACAUCCCCAAAAUCCCUAGCUUGCCUAUCUCUUGGGAGAAUGCUCAACGCCUUCUCAAGGAAAUUUCCGGUAAAGAUGUCAAAGCUGCGCUCACGUUGAACGGAAAAGCUAGUGAGAAGAAGGUCAAGCUCGUGAACCAUGUCGAUACCAAGGUCAUCCCCAUCUGGAACACACUGGCUGUCCUCCCUGGUCACAUCAAGAACGAGACUGUCUUGAUCGGCUGCCACCGUGAUGCUUGGGUGAUGGGUGCUACUGACCCGACAUCUGGUACCGUGUCCAUUCACGAGGUCGUCCGCGGAUAUGGUGCUCUCUUGAGGAAAGGCUGGCGGCCCCUGCGAAACGUCGUGUUCGCUAGUUGGGAUGCUGAGGAGGUACCGACUGUCUCUCCAGCGUCGUCCUAUAAAUUAUACGUGUCUAACGUCGGCCUUGAUCUGCAGUAUGGCCUGAUUGGCAGCACUGAGUGGGCGGAGGACUUCCCGGAAUGGAUCACCGAGAACGUCGUUGCAUAUAUCAACCUUGACGUAUCUACUGGUGGGUCUCAGUGGUCAGUUGGCGCAUCCCCAUCGCUCGCGCAUUUGAUCCGCGAUGUCGCGCUGAAGGUCCCACACCCGACCGAUCCCACUCGGACGCUAUGGGACGCGCGUCAUGAUGUUGGUCCAUAUGACGGCUUCGUGGACGCCGAGAGCGCGGCGGUGUUCUCGGAGCGAAAACUGCACACACAAUCUGACUUGGGCAUCACUCCUCUGGGAUCCGGUAGCGACUGGACGGCGCUCCUCCAACAUCUCGGUGUCGCGAGCAUGAACCAAAACUUCGAAUCAACGCUGACCGACGCCGUGUACCACUACCACUCCGUCUACGACUCGCAGUUGUGGCAGGAAAGGUACGCUGACCCUGGCUUCUUCCGCCACGCUGCCGUCGCGAAGCAUCUCGGUGUCGUCGCGCUCCGUCUGGCCGACUCGAUCAUCCUCCCGCUCAACACGACCCACUACGCGCACGAGCUGGACAGCUACCUAGACGCGGUCGAAGACAUCAACGCGGCGCUGAGCACGACUGCCGACUUCUCUGGGCUGCGGAGGAGCAUUGGGCGUCUGCAGGCAGCGAGCAAGGCGCUCGACGAGGAGAAGGAGGAGGCGGAGAAGGCAUUCCGCGAACUGCUCGACAAGAUCCCGCAUCACGAGGCGCACGCGCACCGCCAUGCACACCCGCAUGCGCACGUCGACGGGGACGUCGUUCCUCAUCCCGACAGUGAGGAGGGACACCCGCACCCGUCCGGACACGGACACUCGAGAUGCGCCCUUCACCACCACGGCCACAGCUCGCGCAUCAACGGCCUCCCGCUCCCGGGCUGGCUGAAGAAACUCUUGGAAAAGAUCUUUGGUCACGGAGGUCCGCCGCGGGGCCCGAUCGGCAAGUUCGUCAAGGCGGCGCAGCGAGUGCAGGCGGCGAACGCUAAGCUGGUCGCGUUCGAACGGGGGUUCAUCUCGGAGGAGGGCAUCAAGGACCGGGGGUGGUACAGGCACUUGGGUGUCGCGCCUGGCAAGUGGCUCGGUUACGGAGCGACGACUCUGCCGUCGAUUACGGAGGCGUUAACCAUUGAUGUGAAUGCGACGCUGGCGGAACAGGAGGCGAGACGAGUUGGGGCGCUAUUAGACAAGCUGACGGAGACGAUCAAAGUGUAG